UUAGUUGUCAUGUCAAGUUUCAAUUCGUGUCGAUUUGGGAAGGCGACACGUUCAAAUUAUUUUUUUAUUACUAUUUAUUAGGUUGUAAUUCCAACGCUAGUCAGACAGAAACUGUGCAAUUACUGGAUUAAUUAUGAUAUAAUAUAAAAAUGGCAAUAUACAUGAGAUAUAUCUUAUUAAUAACGGUGACAUGGCAGGUGGUAGUCGUCUCGUCUCAUGAUCACCUUUUAGAAGGCAUUUAUUGUGGAAAAACUAACUGUUAUGAGGUGCUGGGAGUCACUAGAGACGCUACUAAAAAUGAGAUUGCCAAGAGCUACCGGCAGCUUGCUAAAAAGCACCAUCCAGACAUGCAUAGAUCGCCGGACGCGAAGAAGGAAGCGGAGGAAAAAUUUAAAGAGAUCGCGACAGCGUACGAGAUUUUGCGAGAUGAUGAAGAGAGAGCUGACUAUGAUUACAUGUUGGACAACCCUCAGGAGUACUAUGCCCACUACUACAGAUACUACAGACGCCGCAUGGCGCCGAAAGUGGAUGUUCGUAUAGUCAUUGCUGUGACAAUAACUGUUAUAUCUGUAAUACAAUAUUAUAGUGCAUGGUCAAAAUAUGACACGGCUAUAAAAUACUUCAUGACUGUGCCAAAGUAUCGAAAUAAAGCUCUAGAAAUAGCUAAAGCAGAGAUCAAAGAGCAACAAGGAAGGAAGAACAAGAAAACCAAGUCAGAACAGAAGGAAGAACAGGACAGAAUAAUCCGAAGAGUUAUUGAAGAAAACAUGGAUAUUAAAGGAGCAUAUGCUAAACCUGAGAUCAUAGACAUCUUGUGGAUUCAGUUGAUCAUACUACCUUAUACUAUUGUAGUUUAUAUUUAUUGGUAUUUGCGAUGGUUCUGGAAGUUUAUUGUGUUGAAACAGCCAUAUGGAGAAGAAGAAAAACUUUAUCUCAUAAGAAAAUAUAUGAAGUUAGGAAAGCAUCAGUUUGAUGCUUUGGAGGAUGGGGAGAAACAAGAGUAUCUUCAAGAGGAGUUGUGGAUAAAAGAGAACUUUGUAGCUUGGAAAGAAGUGAAGGAUGAAGAAGCUAAAAAAGCUCUAGCGGAAAAUAACAAAUACAAACAAUACAGGAGGUACAUCAAGCAACAUGGUAUUGGAAGGAUGACUUUUGACGACUCAUGAUAGUUAUUGGCAUUUCCUAAUUUAUUUCUUGUUAUACUUAAUGAAAUGGGAAUCUAGUUUUUACUCAACAAAAUUGUGUACAUAUUUAUAAUUGUUGUGACCAAAAAUAUAAUCUUCAAAUUCCAUGUGGCUACUAGUUUAGGACUCUCAUUCUAUUUUAUGUAAAUUUUUAAAAUUUUCAGCUCACUGCUAGUGGUAUAGAAUGUGAUUCGCAAGUCUGGCUGACUUACAAGUCAUAUUCGUGUUUGUAAAACAUCACAUAUUGUCAUCUUACAUAAUAUUACUGUUCUUUACUGUUUUCUCAGUAAGUAAUUCCUUUAUUUUCCAUGCUGAGUCCAUGCCAACUAGGCAAGGGGUGUUGUAAUCUUAAGUUUAAAGAAAAUAAAAUAAAGUUUUACACAAGUUUUUACAUUUAUUUUAGUCUAUCUGUAUCAACAUGUAGUACUACAGUGAUCAAUAAUAUUUAUUCAUACAAUCAUAAUUUACAUUCAUCACAAAUGGCAAUUAGUUAAGGCAUUCUAAACACCCCAGGUGCGCCAAACAACACACACCAAGGCAAGUAAUACAUAGAUUCACAUUAGCAAUCACAUUUUGUCCUUUAACAAUCCUUAACAAAACAAAAUCACAGUCAUCAAUAAAAAAAAUAUCAAAUUUCUUUUUAAAAAAA